UUUCUUCAUUCAUAAGUUCAUUUUUUUCGAUAUUAAAUUUCUCAACAAUCACAAAAGAGACAACAUAUAUUCAAAUUGAAACUAUGGCAUCUGGUGGAACAGAAGCUUUUCCAGACUUAGGUAAACAUUGCCAGCAUGUUGAUUGUCACCAGCUUGAUUUCCUUCCUUUCACAUGUGAUGGCUGCAAACAGGUAUUUUGUGUGGAACAUAGAUCCUAUAAGUCACAUGAAUGUCCAAAACCAGACCACAACAGCAGAAAAGUGGUUGUUUGCGAAGAAUGUUCCAUGUCUAUGGAGAUCAGAGGCAACAUGGGAGAAAACGAAGAGGCAAUCUUAAAGAAACACCGCAGUUCAGGGAAGUGUGACCCUAGCAAGAAGAAGAAACCGACUUGCCCUGUGAAGCGUUGCAAGGAGAUUUUGACGUUUUCUAACACAAGUACUUGUAAAACUUGCCACAUUAAGGUGUGUCUCAAGCACCGAUUUUCUGCUGAUCAUGCUUGCAGUAAAGGAGAUUCAUCUUCUUUAACAACUACUGCUGGAAAUGGAAGGUGGAAUAAUAGGUUUAUGGCUGCUUUGGCUUCAAGAAAUGGUCAAGAUUGUGGCAAAAAAUCUGGAUCUCGUUCUACUACUUCUCCUCCUAGUAAUCCUUCUGUUAAGGCUUGUUGAUUCGAUAUGGCUAAUAACUUAAUGUGUAAUACAGGUGAUUCUUGCUCUGUUUGAUGUAUGUUGAAUGAUACACUGCUUUUUUAAGUGCAAUUUUAAUGUUCAAACUUACAUUACAUCUAAAAAAUACUAUAAAUAGUUUCUCA